CAUGCCCAGAGUAUAGCUACCUGUGGUGCCCCUGAGCGCUUGAGCCAUCGCUACCCGUUGAGUCCCCGUGAACCCAAUGUCCCUAGAAAGCUGGGUGGAAGCUGUGCUGAGGCCAGACUCCACAGCUAGAGUCCCAUUGAGUCCCCGAGAUCCCUGCCCAGGGGUAGGUUGCCGCCUAUUGCCCAAGGCCCCUGCCCAGUGGUAGGUUGCCGCCUGUUGCCCAAGGCCCCUGCCCAGUAGUAGGCCCCUGCCCAGGGGUAGAUUGCCGCCUGUUGCCCGAGGUCCCUGCCUAGUGGUGUUGCCGC